AUGGACCUUUGGAACUCGUCGAUAGCACAGGGCAACGGUCUCGCGUCCAACUUUAUGAACUUUGGUUUCAACCCAAGCUUACCGACAAGCCCUGUGUCGGCGGACCGCAACUCAUUACACUCGAAUCCUUUCAGCCUAGACGCCCCAAUGAUGGGAUUCAACGAUCAGACAUUCCACGAUCAGUCGUGGAUGCUGACGGAUUCGGCGUUUCCUAACGAGUUGCAGCCAGGGGGCUCAUUUGGUGCUGCCAAUAAACUCGACUUCCUCGCCUCUGCGGUCCAAAGCGAGAUCUUACGGCCUAAUGGGACAACGUUCGCUGGUUCAAGUUCGGCAUCUGCUGGUGGCGUAACCGACGCUCAGUCCUGUGUAUGCAAGUGGCAACAUGCGCCCGGUGUCCUCUGCCUCGCUGUCUUUGACAGCCCCGAAACCCUCCACAAACACAUCAAGACCGGACACGUUGACAACUGCACACACUGCUUCUGCCAGUGGGAAGGCUGUGAAGCACACUCCAAAGAUUUCAAGCAACGCUCUAAGUUGUCUCGUCAUCUUCUCGGCCACGCAGGCUACCGCCCAUACGCUUGUAGCUAUGAGGGCUGUGACAAGACGUUUGCAACCAACCAAGCCAAAGACAAUCACGAGCGGACACACACAGGCGAGAGACCGUAUUUGCAAACCCACAUCAGUGCGCUGCACGAGGGCAAGAAGCCGCACAAAUGUCGGUUCUGCGAGUUUACAUGUGCUGACUCGAGUAACCUGAGCAAGCACGAGAGGACACAUCAGACUCUCCGACCGUACAGAUGUCCACACCCCAACUGCACCUUCAAGCCCGACUGCCGCUGGGAGAACCUGAAGCGACACCUGCGCCGUUCAGGCCACUGCCCACAACUGCUAGUGGAAGCGAGCGAAGAAUACAAGUCGUACCGCGAAGGCGUUCGACGCGAGAUAGACGACUGGCACAAGCGAAACGAAGAUGGAGGCCUAGGAAAGGCCGGUAGGAGGAAGGGAAGAUCGUAG